UGGGUGGAGGAGGAAGAGGACGACGCAUAGAUAGACAAACAGACUGAGGACCAGACUCCUGGAGGAUCCGCCGCCGCCUCACAGCUGCUGCUGCCGCCGGAUACACGCGCAGCUCACCCGGAGCCAUGGCCGACGAAAGCGCCCAAUUUACGGCCUGCACCGGCUCCAGCCUCCUGCAGCCGGUCAGCGAGAUCACCAACCUGCCGCUGGACCAGGUGAACUUCGUGGUGUGCCAGCUCUGCGCUUUGAUCUCGGCCUUCUGGUUCCGGCUCUUCCUCCAUCCCAGUAAAACCAGUCCCUUCAUCAGGCAUGUGGUGGCGACUGUGCUAGGAAUAUACUUCGCUCUGUUCUGCUUCGGCUGGUACGCGCUUCACUUCCUGGUUCAGAGUGGACUCACCUACGGCAUCAUGAUCCUGACCGGAGUGGAGCACAUGCACAAGUACUGCCUCGUGGUGGCUCUCAGCUAUCUGAGUCUGUGUCAGAUCACCCGGGUCUACGUCUUCGACUAUGGCAUGUAUUCUGCAGACUUCACCGGCCCCAUGAUGGUGAUCACUCAGAAAAUCACCAGCCUGGCGUUUGAAAUCCAUGACGGAAUGGCUCGGAAGGAGGAGCACCUGACUGCAGGACAGAAGAUUUUGGCCAUAAGGCGGAUGCCCAGUCUGCUCGAGUACUUUAGCUACAACUGUAACUUCAUGGGGAUCCUGGCUGGACCCACCUGUUCCUACAACGACUACAUCGCCUUUAUCGAAGGAGACCCACGCCGCCACAGAGACCAGACCACCGACGGGAAGUCAAAGAGCAAGAUGAGCCAGAGCGAACCAUCACCAAACAUGGAAGUUGUCCGUAAAGUGGCCACCUCCUUCUUCUGCCUCCUGGUCUUCCUGUCGGUGUGUAAGGUUUUCCCCGUGGAGCGGAACAUCGAGGACGACUUCAUUGCCAACACACCUUUCUACGCUCAGGUGGUUUACCUGUAUCUGUCCAUGGUGACCACCAGACCCAAGUACUAUUUUGUGUGGACGCUCGCUGAUGCCAUCAACAAUGCUGCCGGUUUCGGCUUCAACGGCUACGACAGUAAUGGUUCUCCUCGCUGGGACCUCAUCUCCAACCUGAGGAUCCUCAACAUAGAGUUUGCCACCAGCUUCAAAGUUUUCCUGGACAACUGGAACAUUCAGACGGCACACUGGCUCAAAAGGGUGUGUUAUGAGCGAUGUCCCUACCACCCGACAGCCGCCACCUUCAUCCUGUCUGCCAUGUGGCACGGAGCCUAUCCAGGAUACUACCUCACCUUCCUCACCGGAAUCGUCAUAACGCUAGCUGCUAGAGCGGUCAGACACAACGUUCGGCCAUACUUCCUACAGUCCACCACCCACAAACUGGUUUAUGAUGUCAUCACGUGGGCAGCCACUCAGAUCGCCAUCUGCUACACAGUGGUCCCUUUCGUCCUGUUGUCCGUGGGCCCGUCAUUAAAGUUUUACAGGUCCUGGUGCUUCAGCCUCCACAUCGGCUGCGUUCUCCUCGCUGUGAUGUUACCUGUCAAACCGAGACAUCUGCGCCUCAAAGACCAGAAGACCUGCCACCAAGGUCAAGUCCAGAGCCCCCUGGAGGCAGCAGACUCCACCUACAGCCAGAAGGAAAAAACUACAUGAGACAGGACAAAGACUAAUCCUGUACGUCACAUUUCCAUGGAGUUGUUUAGAAGGAGUCAAACAGGCCCAGGGACCUUAUUGCUGGACUGGAUUUGGAUCAAUACCCAAAACUGUAUUAUUUGGAUUCAGUCGGAGAUGUACAUGAAAGCAGGUCGUGGGUUGUAUUGUCUUUGAAAGGAAGUCCGACUGCCAGAACUAUAAGCUGGAAGGUUGAAACCAACGGUCAGUGUUGGAGGACAUAAAUACAUAAUGUGAGUUUUUAUGAAGCAGCUGUGUGUAAUCAGCCAUGGUAUUAAACCAAUUCUUUAUUGUCACAGGAAGAAAGUAUUUGAAUGAAUGAAGUCACAAAUUUUGAGUGAUACACCAAACAACUACAUAAAUGUAAAUGAGUAGGAUGAACAAAAGUCAGCCUGAUUAAACCACAGCAUCAUAGUGUUAAAAGAAGAAGGUAGUUUUGGAGAAAGUGCCAAUAAUCAUUUCACUCAGUCGCCUUAGUUGUUUGGAUUUGUACAAGAAAAAGGAAAAAAAAAGUAUUAACUAUCUCAAUGUGUUUACAUUUGUAGAUGUCAGUUUUGGUUGAAGUUGUUUCAUUUCUUCCAAAACAGAGAGAAAACUUUAAGAAAUGUGCUGAAACUCGAAAAAAAACUCUCAAGAUGUGAACUAAAAUGUUAGGAUCACGUUUUAUAUCACAUCCUUUAUAAAAGGAAAUUUCUUAAAGUUUACUUUUCAUUCAGCUAAUGGUUUAGUUUUGAAGUUUAGUAGUGAAAACAGUCGCCAACAUUUUAACUACCUGUAUGAACUGCCUGUAUGAAAGUAAGACAGAGAAAAGAGGUCAAAAUGUUUAACCAUAGCUAUCACAAUGAAACUCACCAACUUUACUUACAUUAAGACAGUUCUUUAUAUUGUUAGGGUUAUUUCUGAAACUGUUUUACAUAAUGAAACUUGAUUUUUACAUGUACAAUUAAAAUCACAUCCAUACAGUCUCACAGUAGUUCCUGAAACUGUCACAGGAGGAUUAGUUUUAACAAAUAGAAAAACUGUAGUUGGAUACGUCCGCCAUGAAACAUAACUUUUAGAAAAAAUGCAGUUAACAUGGAUCCAGUUUUUAUUUCUUAGCUGUUUCCUGUUAUUCCGACCGUUGGUUGAAAUUAAAACACAUCUGUCUGAUUUGGACAUUUUCUUGCCAAUAGUCUGAAAUGUUAUGGAAACAAAGAAGCCCCAUGUCCCGCCUCAAACACUGACAUCAUGUUAGCUAAUGGUUCAGUUUAGAUAGAAACAGUUGUUAGCAAACAGUUCAUCUUGGAAACUUAAACAGUCAAAUUCAAACAGUUUGGAUUCAUUUUAUCUAAGUUUAAUUCAGUUAACAUUGACUGUGAUAAAAACUAACAAGUUCAUGUUGAUUAACUCAAUGUAGGUUAGUUAACAGGAUGACUCGGCUCAACAGAUUAGCCAAAGGGAAGGCUCAGCUCUUAAAGUUAGCAACGGGAAGGCUUGGCUCAGCAGAUUAGCUAGCAGGAAGGUUUGGCUUAGAAGGUUAGCUAAUGGGAAGGCUUGGCUUAGCACUUUAACUAACAUGAAGGCUUGGCUCAGCAGAUUAGCUAGCAGGAAGGUUUGGCUCAGCAGGUUAGCUAAAGGGAAGGUUAGCAAACAGGACUCAACAGCCCUAAAUAUGAUUUUCAGACAAGCUCGAGUUUUGGUUUAAUUUAAACAGUUUAAUUCAGUUUGUCUUUUAACCACUGAACACAGUUCUGUAGCCCAGUAUUUUACCUUCCAUAAGUAACUGCCAUGUUUUGUCUUUCAAAAUAAAGCUGUAUGUUUUACUGUU